AUGCAGACUGGUUCAUUGACUUACAUCAAGGUAGGAAUAAAGUGCUGCGAGGUAUUCUUCGAGACGUUGAAUUCCCCCGGAUUAUGCGUUCAAUCGCAGAGCGUUCUAUCUCUGUACGGGUCUGGUUUCACGACGGGCAUAUCGGUGGAUCUGGGACAUGACACCGCGGAUAUAGUCCCCGUAUACGAGGGAGGGCUCAUAAGCUACGCACACAUGCAAACACACUAUGCCAGCGUUGAUAUAUCAAAGUUCAUAAAGGACAGUUUCGACGAAAGGAAUAUCGGCCUUGACAUUCACGCGGAAGAAGUUCUAGACGGUAUCAAAAAGAACUUGUAUCUUACACAGAACGUAGCGAUGUCGAGGAAGAAUUACCGUAGAACGUAUGUUCUGCCAAGUGGGGAAGAAAUUGAUAUAAGUCAGGAAGCUUUUAUGGCAGCUGAGAUGAUGAUACAACCUGUGCUGGUGAAAGGGUACGAGACUGAAGUGAUGCCUUUGCAAGAAGCUGUGGUAACAUGUGCGAUGAAGUGCGACGCGGAGUUGAGGCCUGAACUGUAUGACGCAGUGGUCCCUUGCGGCGGGGUGUCAAUGAUACCAGGCCUGAAUGAAAGAUUGGCUACAGAGAUUGAGAACAUCACUAACAAGCCGGUUACAGUAUUGUCAUCGCCGGAGGCUUAUGCCGUCUCCUGGUUAGGAGGAGCGACAUUUGCAGGAAUGCCUGCUUCCAAGAAGAUGUGGGUGUCGAAAAAGCAAUAUGAGGAUUACGGGGAGAAGAUUGUGAGAAACAAAUUUAUGUGA